GCUUAAGUACAUCUGCGCUGAGGGGAGCUCAGUGGUGUUUUAGAUCAUUCUGUUUCAUUAUUCUACCAUGGCGUUUUCUCUGAGAGACAAUCCUAGAGCCCUUAAUCGUUGGGACUCGGACACUCCUGCCCUGUCCACAUGCAGCAAUGCAGACAUCUUUCGCAGAAUGAACACCAUGCUGGGCAACUCCCUGGACCUCACUGGGGUGUGUACCACUCCAAGCGGCAAGACCAAGCGGGACUCCCUGAUGGACCGUCCGGACUCUGACCUCUCUGCGGUCCGGAGCAGGAUGCUUUUUCCCAGCAACAGCCAGGACUCGGCACGGGGUCUGCCUGAUGUCAAUGAGCUGGGCCUGGGCCUGCAGUCCCUCAGCUUGUCCAGUUGGGAAAGGCCAUGGAGCAGCCAGGACUCGGAGCAGGCGGCCCCAAAUAGCAGUGUCUCCAUGCUGGGGAUGCUGGGAAGCCCUCUGGGCCAUCUUCUGAACAAGCCUCAGGGCUUCAGCUCAAAUGAGUCCAAUGCUGGGCCUUCAGAUUUCCUAGAGAAGUUUCCAGCUUUGGCACGCCUGAACUCCCGCUCUUUGCUGGGCUCUCACUCCAGCAGCCCUGUGGAUUCAGAGACCAGUGGCUUUAGCUCUGGCUCUGAUCACCUUUCUGACCUGCUGUCCUCUCUGAGGAUCUCUCCCUCAGUGCCCUUCCUCAUGUCCAAUGUACAGAAAGACCCUCUGAAGCUCAGCCUGGGUUCCCGCAUGGAUCACGACAGCUCUCCCCUGACCCCUCCACCCAGUUCCACACCAGAUGGUAGCAGCCUGUCCCGCCGUUGGCCUGGAGCAUCUGUGUGGCCCAACUGGGACCUGCUGGAGACCCCAGAUGGACCCUUCAGUAUUGAGAGGGAGGCUCGUCUCCACAGACAGGCUGCAUCUAUUAAUGAAGCCACUUUCACUUGGAGUGGACAGCUUCCUUCUAGAAACUACAAAAAUCCAGUGUACUCCUGUAAGGUCUUUCUCGGAGGAGUUCCAUGGGACAUUACUGAGGCUGGCCUGAUAAACACAUUUAACUGUUAUGGCCCCCUGAGUGUGGAGUGGCCUGGUAAGGAUGGCAAGCAUCCUCGCUGCCCUCCUAAAGGUAAUAUGCCUAAAGGGUAUGUGUACUUGGUGUUUGAAUCGGAGAAAUCUGUGCGUGGGUUGCUACAAGCCUGCACCCAAGAUCUGCUCCAUCCUGAGGGUUACAGUGAGUACUACUUCAAAAUGUCCAGCAGGAGGAUGCGCUGUAAGGAUGUGCAGGUGAUCCCCUGGGUGAUCUCGGACAGUAACUAUGUGCGCUGCCCCUCUCAAAGGUUGGAUCCCAGUAAUACGGUGUUUGUGGGAGCUCUGCAUGGCAUGUUAAAUGCUGAGGCUCUGGCUAGCAUCAUGAAUGACCUGUUUGGGGGAGUCAUGUAUGCAGGGAUUGACACAGACAAGCACAAGUACCCAAUUGGGUCUGGUCGUGUAACCUUUAACAACCAGCGCAGUUACCUGAAAGCUGUUAGUGCUGCGUUUGUUGAAAUCAAGACUCCAAAAUUUACAAAGAAGGUUCAGAUUGACCCAUAUCUGGAGGACUCCAUGUGCCAGGUUUGCAGCCGCCAGCCUGGACCCUUCUUCUGUAGAGACCAGGCUUGCUUCAAGUACUACUGUCGCUCUUGCUGGCAUUGGCAACACUCCAUGGAUAUCCUGAGUAACCACCGCCCGCUGAUGCGCAACCAGAAGAACCGGGACUCUAGCUAAAAGGCCUCCACCUGCACGGCAGUACCGUGCUUCAGCCUGGACCUCCACCAUGCCUCCCAGGGCGCAGCUCCAGCUCCAGCACCAGCCCUGAAGAGGGCACUCACAGGAGUUCGGGUUUGCGGAGACACUGUAGAAAGUUCACUUUUGCACUUUUUUUUUCUUGGCUUGUUCACGUUGGCACUUUGCACAGUGAAAUGGGUUUGCAGAGGCCCAUACAUUUGAAAGUCCCCCUUGUUUUUUUUUUUGUUUUUUUUUUUUUUUUUGGGGUGAGAAGAAUAAGGCCAUGGUUUAGACUUUUUUUUCUAAUUUUUCUUAUGGAUUUUUUUUUUUUUUCCCCCCUUGUGUUGCAGUUUUUGAACAGGUCAUGCAAGUUUCAUCUUUAACUGACCAAAGCCAUACAGUGCCUUUGAAUUAAUUUCCUCUCCUCUAGCUGCUUUUCCCAAUGCAGUUAGCUGGAGUUUUUUACUUUAGAAACACAGCUGCAUAAUGAAGCCAUUUUCAUCUUCCAGACAUUUUACGCAGUUAUUUUUACUAAUUUUUACAUAAAACGGUUUUAAGUCCAUGACAUGGAAAGUUGAACAGAAAUCUACCUACUGGCUUUUUAAUUUUCCUGUUUUUUUUCCUCCACAAUUUUUUGGAGAGUUUCUCCCUUGUUCAGCUUUGUUCAGUGGAGCAAGGGGUUUGCGCAAAGUUGCUGUUACAGCCCAGAUCAUUUUUAGUGCAUGCCUCCAGAAGGCAUUGCUUUUACUGGGUUGCAUCAAGUUUUCAGAUCAGCUUGUCUUGUUAAUCAUAAAAUGGCCAUAGAUUGCACAGUUUUAUUGUUGCACUUUUUAAUUUGCACUUUGGAAAGGGGUAGGUUUUUAAUCACUUUGGGACAUCAGCAGGUAUCGCUAUGGGCAUAACCCCGGAGUACCAACAGCUGCUUGUUGAAUGUAAAACUCUAAACUUCUUGUGAAUGUACCUUUUAGGAGCCUUAGUAGACCAAAUGCAGAUGUCACUUUAUUUCAAACUCGGACUGGCAACAGCUCAUGGAUCUUCGCAACCAGGAUUGUCACUUCUCCAUUUACUCCAUGCUGAGUCACAAGCUCAGCUGCUUUUCUACCUCAUUGUGGUCUGCUGAGUUUGUGUACUUACAGAUAUGAAGUUCAGAUUUUUGAUUGUGCACAAUAAAGGUGUUCAAGCAUUCA